GAAGCCAAUUUUUGGAGUUGCAUUCUCACUGCUUCAUCCUUUGCAUAAUUCAUAAUAUUAUUAAAACGCUCGGGAUAGCCUAAUAUUUUCUUAAUUUCUACUAAACGGUGUGUACAUGUUGCUUUCUGUUCUAUUCUGUGCUCUAACUCUAGACUUUAAACAUGACGACCUGGUGUGCGGGGCGGAAAUAUCAUGUAGUCCGUAGUGUGCAUUUGUCUGUUUCCGUGUGAAGGUGUAAUUGCGAGAGAUUACUGACCCAGAUCGAGAUGAUAACAGGUUCUACAGUAAGGGUCUGAUGUCAUUUCGUGCAACAGCAGUCUGACUGACACUGAGCAGUAUUCACACAGUCUCGCGGUGCCAUGCUGCUGUUGGCUCAGGAGGUGUUUGUGUUGACGACUCUUCAUCUGUCUGCUCACAUCUCAGUCCAUUUUACUCCCACUAUCACUAUGCUUUCUGUACUGUGAUUGGGGAAAGGUCCUUGCUCUUAGUUGGAAGAUGCCAAAUGCAGAGCUGAGAAUGCACAUGUGGAACUCCUUCCCCUGGAAAUGGCCAGUGCAGUCUGGUCCCUCCCUGUACCUGGGCUGUCUGUAUUUCCUCUGCUCUGUCACCGGGGUUUCAUCAAGCAUUUGCAAAGUAACAGGAGGUGUGCUGGGCAUCCAUUGGAGCAGCGUUAUUGGUCUGGGCUGGCAGCCACUGGCGAUGGACCAGGGAGGGCCUCGGUGCUGGGAAUCCUGCUGUCUGAAGCCUUCCUGCGGUGCUGUGUGGAGCCUCGGUGGCCGCUGUGUGUUACUGGCCUGUGGUCGAUCGGAGGGCUGCUCCAUCACCUCGCUCCCACAGCCUGAUAUAGAAUCUCUGGGGCUUUUGCAGCUGCUGAACAAGAGCAUGCACAGGAGGAGGAAAGCACGCCACGUUCAGGAUGUCAGAGUCAUUCGGGAGGCAGAGCAUGACAUUCCAGAGGUCCAAUCCAUACAUCCCACAGCAUGGUUGACUACAACCAAAGGUCUGACUCCUGUACAUACAGCAGGUAAAACCCUGAGCCAGUCCACCAGUAGCACUGGAGAACAGGUGGAUCUCUCAGCAUCUGAGCAUGAUUCAACAUUGGUAGCUGGCACUACGGAUCAUUCUGCAUCUAACAACAGUAAUCAGUCAUCACAAUCCACGUCUGAUACCCAUUCAGUGACUCCACCAACAACACCAGCUGGAACAGUGCGGGAACUGGUCGUGUCUGCUGGCAACAGCGUAGAGGUCACUUUACCGCGCAAUGAGGUGGAGCUGAACGCUUUUGUAGUGCCAGCACCCCGCUCAGGGACUAACUAUGACUUUGAUUGGCGUUUGAGGACACAUCCAAAAGACUAUAGUGGAGAAAUGGAGGGUAAACACAGCAAGACGCUCAAGCUCAGUAAGCUGACAGUGGGUCUGUAUGAGUUUGAGGUGGUAGUGGAUGGUGAUGGGGUGCAUGGGGAAGGAUACGUCAACGUUACUGUCAAACCAGAGCCAAGAGUAAACAAGCCACCUGUUGCCAUGGUUUCUCCAAAGUAUCAGGAAAUCUCUUUGCCAACAAGCUCGACUGUGAUUGAUGGCAGCCAGAGUACUGAUGAUGAUAAAGUGGUGUUGUGGCAUUGGGAGGAGGUGAAGGGACCACUUAGAGAAGAAAAGGCUUCAGGUGAUACUGCUAUUCUCACCCUGACCAAUUUGGUUCCUGGUAACUACACCUUCAGUCUCACAGUGACUGACUCAGAUGGAGCUCAGAAUUCAACCCAAGCCAUGUUAUUAGUCAACAAGGCCACAGACUACAGGCCUACAGCUAAUGCUGGACCCAACCAAGUGAUCACACUGCCACGCAACUAUAUCACACUAUACGGCAACCAAAGCACUGACGACCACGAGAAUCUGUCCUAUGAGUGGUCACUCAGCCCUGAGAGUAAGGGCAAGGUGGUGGAAAUGCAGGGCGUGAGGACGCCCACUCUCCAGCUUUCUGCCAUGCAGGAGGGCGACUACACUUUUCAGCUGACUGUCACUGACUCGUCUGGGCAGCAAGACACAGCUCAGGUCACUGUUAUUGUCCAGCCAGAGAAUAACAAGCCCCCUGUAGCAGAUGCAGGCCCAGACAAGGAACUUACGCUGCCUGUUGAUCGUACCACGCUGGAUGGCAGCAAGAGCAGCGACGAUCAAAAAAUUGCCACGUAUCACUGGACAAAGACCAAGGGACUGGAGGGGGUGAAAAUUGAAAAUGCAGACACUGCUGUUGCCACGGUGACCGGUCUGCAGGAGGGCGAGUACAUUUUCAUGCUGACUGUGAUGGAUGAAAGGAAUCUGGAGAAUUCUGACACAGUCUCUGUCAUUAUCAGGGAAGAGGAUGACCAGCCACCCAUCGCCAAGGUUCUGUCCAGUCCUCCAAUCACUCUGCCCAUCCGCACAGCAGUUCUGGAUGGUUCCAGAUCAUCAGAUGAUAAUGGUGGAAUCAGCUUCCUCUGGACCCGAGAAGACAGUAGCCCAGCAGCUGGGGAUGUCCUGAAUAACUCUGACCAUCAGGCAGUGCUUUUUCUUGGUAAUCUGGUGGAAGGGAAGUACACUUUCACACUGACUGUGACGGACAGUAAGGGAAAGACCAGUACUGAUAGAGGCAUUGUGGAGGUUCGAGCAGAUGCCUUUGAGCGAGACUUGGUGGAGCUGAUCCUGGAAGUUCCUGUGACCCAGGUGUCUCGCAGACAGAAGGAUAUGUUGAUCAGACAGGUUGGCGUCCUCCUGGGCAUACUGGAUAGUGAUAUCACUGUGCGAGAGAUUAACGCCUUCAAUGUGCAUAGCACUCGCCUGGUAUUUCUUGUGUCUGGAGGCCCUGGACGACCUCCCUUGUCUGGCCAUAGUGUUGCUAUGGAACUACGCAACAAACUUAGCAAGCAAAAAAAUGACUUCCUUAUCUUUAAGGCCCGGCGGGUGGACACAGUCAUCUGCCAGCUGAACUGCUCCAGUCACGGUGACUGCGAUUCCUUCACCAGACGCUGUGUUUGCCACCCAUUCUGGAUGGAAAAUUUUAUACGAAUUUAUCUUGGCGAUGCAGAGAGCAACUGUGAAUGGAGUGUAUUGUACGUGACUAUAGCAUCAUUCAUGAUCGUAGUUGCCAUAGCAACUGUAAUCUGGGGAAUGGUGUGCUGCUGUAGAAGUUUUAUCUUUCAGGUGACACGGCUUCAUUUCACCCAAGUCAAGCCGCGAUGAAGGGGGAGAACAGAGAUAUAACACUUAUAUGUUUCUGCUUUAUUUAGACAUUUCAGUUAUCUGUGUAUCAAAUACAGUAUAAUGUUCAUAUAUUCAUUCAUGAAUAUAAGUUCAUAACACCCAGACUAUGGUAUGUCAUGACUGUAACACAUUAUAAUAAUAAUAAUAAUAAUAAUAAAAGCACUAUAAUGUCAAUUUACAGUAUAUUUUUUAUGUGUAUACACUAAUGUUUGUCAAUAAACAACACAUAAGAUUAUGAAGCACAGACUUUAUUCACACUGCCAGACUACAAUGUAAACAUUAGUCAUAAACACUGCCUUGGUUGCUUUCGCUUUCAUGUGUUCUUCAUGAGUUAAAAGCAGCUCUUACAUUCAUACGGAUGUGAUCAUCACAGAUGUUUUGUAAUUAAUCAGACCACAAAACAACACAAAAACAUUUGAAAUUCUGAAUGAGAGAUGUUUACGAUGAUGUACCACUGAGAUUGGCCGGUGUUAUAGAUCAACUGUGGAUCAUGUUAUCUGGGCAUGUAUGCGUGCACUUGAGUAAUUUUAAUGGCCUUUUCUGCAGAAUCGUUCAAUGUGAAUUGCCAAGGAGCAAAGAAAAGACUUUUUUCACAUUAUUAAAAAUGUAAGCUAUAUAUAUUUACUGCUAUAUAUGUAUAAUAUACUGUAUAUAUAUUCAUUAAUUCAUUUAAACUUUUGAACUGUUUUCAUCGCUUUGCGAUUGUCCAAGAGAGAGAUGGAUUACAUUAACACUCGUUUGCUCUUUUUGCAUUCCUGGAUGUCAUACUCGAAUUUUGCCACCCGAAUUUUUCAACCCAUAUUCAACAACCUGAAUAAUGAGACCUGAAAUCCACCACUUGAAUAAUAAAAACUUACAUUUCACAACCUGAAUUUUUUUUAGGUGAAUUCACACAAAAUAUUUUCAAACAUUUACAAUUAUGAUAUUUUUUCAGGAUAAUGAAUUCAGAGGCUUUUUCACAUUCAAUUUCUGGUGAUAUAAAAAGGACGCCAUACAAACACCGGCAUUGGACGUGCGGUGCAGCUGAUACACACCCAAAAAUGAUAUACUUUAAAAUAAAUAGUUGCAGUUCAUGAACCCUUGGUACUGCAAACAUAAACCCAUUCUGUUUAUGAAAGUCUGCGUAUGGUGUUUUGUUUUAAUGUGCAUUAUUUAAUAUGUAUAUCAAUGCCCCUGGUUAUAGGGAUACAAGAUGGCGCCAUGGAUGGCUGCCUCGGUGUGUAGCUCUUCAGUUCUUUUGUUGUUUUUGUUUGUUUGUCCUGUGUUUAGUAAUAUUUUUCCAGUCAGUUUUACCAGGGACGAACUGCUGAACAAACGCGUGUUUGAACACAGCGCUGCAACAGCUGGCUGAUCAAAUCACAGACACAGAACAACAAUAUCCGGACUCAAUUAUUAUUAUUCUUGGGGAUUUUAACAAAGCAAAUCUCACACAUGAACUGCCCAAAUUCAAACAGCACAUUACAUGCCCCAUCAGAGACAGGAACAUACUGGAUAAUUGCUACACAACAAUAAAAGAUGCAUAUCGCUCUGUCCCUAGAGCAGCUUUGGGACUCUCUGAUCACUGUCUGGUUCAUCAUCUUCCAACCUACAGGCAUAAAUUAAAAUCAACCAAGCCAGUAGUAAGGACUGUAAAGAGAUGGACCAAUGAAGCAGAGCGGGAACUACAAGCCUGCUUCGAUUGCACGGAUUGGAGUGUUUUUGAGGCUGCAGACACCAAUCUGGACGGGCUCACAGAUACUGUUACAUCAUAUAUCAGUUUCUGUGAGGAUAUAUGCAUUCCUACUAGGACUUAUUUAAAGUUCAACAACAACAAACCAUGGUUUACAGCAGAGCUCAGGCAGCUUCAUCAGGACAAAGAGGAUGCUUACAAGGGUGGGGAUAAAGUCUUGUACAGUCAGGCCAGGAACACAUUGAACAAGGAAAUCAAAGUGGCUAAAAGAAGAUACUCUGAAAAUACUCUAAUGACCCUGCAUCAGUGUGGAGUGGCAUGAAACACCUCACAAAUUACAGGACUCCUACCCCCAACCUUGUGGUGGACCAACAACUGGCUGACGACCUGAAUGUGUUCUACUGCAGAUUUGAAAGGCCCAGUCUCACACCCCACAUCCACUCUGACCUUCACUUCACAUAAACACCAACACCUCCUGCAACCCCCCUCCUGCUACUCAACCUGCACUUAAGAUCUGUGAAGAUGAUGUGAGCCGGGUCUUUCGGAAACAAAAGACGAGGAAAGCUUCAGGACCAGAUGGUGUCUCACCAGCGUGUCUUCGAUCCUGUGCUAACCAGCUGGCCCCCAUCUUCACACAGAUCUUCAAUAGAUCACUGGAGCAGUGUGAAGUCCCAUGCUGCUUCAAACGCACAAUCAUUAUUCCUGUCUCAAAGAAACCAAAAAUCACAGGAUUUAAUGACUACAGACAUGUCGCCCUGACGUCUGUGGUCAUGUAAUCAUUUGAGAGACUGGUGUUGGCGCACCUGAAGAACAUCACUGGACCCUUUCUAGAUCCUCUUCAAUUUGCUUAUUGAGCAAACAGGUCUGUGGAUGAUGCAGUCAACAUGGGAUUGCAUCAUAUCCUGCAACAUCUGGACAGACCAGGGACAUAUGCAAGGAUCCUUUUUGUGGACUUCAGUUUGGCUAUCAACACCAUCAUCCCAGCUAUACUCCAGAAUAAAUUAGACCAACUCCCUGUUCCCAUGUCUAUCUGUCAGUGGAUUACCAGCUUUCUGACGGACAGGCAGCAGCUUGUGAGACAGGGGAAACUCACUUUCAGCACCUGUACAAUCAGCACUGGUGCCCCCCAGGAAUGUGUGCUCUCCCCACUAUUCUUCUCCCUCUACACCAAUGAAUCACUGCAUCACCAAGGACCCCUCUGUCAAGCUCCUGAAGUUUGCAGACGACACCACUGUCAUUGGCCUCAUCCAAGAUGACGAUGAGUCUGCAUACAGAAGGGAGGUUGAACAGCUGGCUGUCUGGUGCAGUCAAAACAACCUUGAGCUGAACACGCUCGAAACGGUGGAGAUGAUUGUGGACUUUAGGAGGAACACCCUAACACUGACCCCCCUCACCAUUUUAAACAGCACUGUGGCAGCAGUGGAGUCAUUCAGGUUCCUGGGCACUACCAUCUCACAGGACCUGAAGUGGGAGACACACAUUGACUCCAUUGUGAAAAAGGCCCAGCAGAGGUUGUACUUCCUUCGCCAGCUGAGGAAAUUCAACCUGCCAUAGGUGCUGCUGAUACAGUUCUACUCAGCAGUCAUUGAGUCUGUCCUCUGCACUUCUAUAACUGUCUGGUUUGGUUCAGCUAUGAAAUCAGACAUCAGAAGAUUACAAAGGACAGUUCGGAUUGCUGAGAGGAUUAUUGGUUGCCCCCUGCCCCCCCUUCAAGAACUAUAUAUUUCCAGAGUGAGGAAAAAGGCUGGAAAAAUCACUCUAGACCCCACUCACCCUGCCCAUUACCUUUUUGAACUGUUGCCUUCUGGCUGACGAUUCAGAGCUCUGAGCACCAGAACUGUCAGUCACAGGAACAGUUUUUUCCCAGGCUAUCUAUCUCAUGAACAGUUAAAUUGCCCCAUUGAGCAAUAACUAUGUGCAAUACACAGUUUAGUCUUUUUUAUAUUUAUCCAACACAUCCAGCCUCUUCUGCCAUUUCAUUCCUCUGAAAAAAAUGAAUAAAUAAUAAUAAUAAUAUUAGCACUGUACAUAACAGAUAACAGAUUUAUAUUAGAUUUGUGCUACGUAUGUGUAUGUAUGUUUGUAUCUGUGUGUGUGUGUGUACGUAUGUGUAUAUAUUUUUUAUUUUUAUUAUUAUUAUCUAUGCCUUACUGCUGUUUUUGUAUUGUUUUUGUAUUGUUGUACACUGGAAGCUCCUGUCACCAAGACAAAUUCCUUGUAUGUGUAAGCAUACUUUGCAAUAAAGCUGAUUCUGAUUCUGUAUUCUUAUGGCAUUAAAAAUAGCAGUGAGGUUCAGCAAUUGAGCUUGUAGUAAAAUAUCCCAUAAAAUAUGUUACAUGCAAUGUGUUAGACAAAUGAAUUGCAGAACCACACUGCUAUUUUUAUUGCAAGGAUAAUAUAACAAAGUAUUGCAAUGAUUUAAAUAAUGAAAAGGCAGUAUUUUCUUUUAUUUUUAUCCUAUUUUAUACUAAACUGUUAUUCUUAAUGUACAUUAUUCCACAUGUAUUUAUAUCACUGUACCUUGUGUUAUAUUAUCCAGGCAUUAUAAAAAGAGAAGUUGAGAUUUGGAGUCCAUUUGGAAGAUACUCGUAGAUAAAUGCAAUGUGCAAAUAUAAAGAGGGCAUAUAUUUAUGCAACAGUGCUCUUCACUCAUCUCACUCGCAUUAAAAAACACUGAUUAUAUACUACUCAAAAUGCAUCAACACCAUGGAAAGAACAUAUUGAAACAGUUAUGCAGAAUUAAUUAAAUAAAUGCUUUAACAGCAUUCAUUUGGCUCUAACAGCUGAAGGUGUGGGGAGGAGACUGUGAUACGUGUUUAGAUAAGCAACAGCGCCUACUGUACAGGGGUGAAAUGUGUCUCACCACAUUUCAUGUUCAUACGGACUCUGUGUGAAUAGACCUUCCGUCAGAGGUUCGUCUUGCAAAAUCAUCUCGGAUUUGGUGUAAACAGGCCUUUUAAGCCCUGCAAACACUGACAGCGAUUUUUAUCUCUGGAGGUCGUCAGGUCGCUGUACUGUUGGUCGCUAGUAGGUUUUCUCUGCUGUUGGAUGCCCUAAUGUAAUUGGUGGGCUGCGCAACUGGCCAUAGCUUUUGAAAAACUGAUAAUAAAUUAGAUCUAUUUUUGGACACAAUAAAAUAUUGUUCUGUUAAGACAAGGAAUCAGAAAAAUGGCUUUUUAGUUUUCAAAACACGCUCCGUCCACACUGACAUAUUCAAGCGGUUUCCAUAAGUUUCUCAUCCACACCGAAAAGUAUCAAAACCUCUUACUGCGCAUGCGAAAAAUCACCAUUUCAUGUACUGUCUGAAACGCAGUUGUCUUCGUUUUUUGUCACCGGACAACAAUUCUGAGUAAACUUCCCAACGCUUUUGAAGGAAUACAAUGUGAAGGUUGUACAAAGUAACAUUUAUCUUUUACAACGCUAUCAAAGUAAAAAGCAGGCACAAUAACACUGCUACAACAUGGGCCACCAUCUGGAUUGUUUUGGGUUGAAUGGAUCACAUGACUGCGCCAAAUGACAACAAAUACAUAAUUGUUUUCAGAUAUCUCCGUUUUCCUGUCCACACUACAACGUGAAGAUGGCGUUUAAAAAUGUAUCCACUUGGGAGAGCGUUUUCAAAAAGCUCAGUUUUCGCUGUCAAAAACGCUGUCUCAGUGUGAACAUUAAAUGUAGAGAAACGUGGAGAAAAAGAUGCGUUUUAAAACGAAAAUGUAUUAGUGUGGACAGGGCCUCAACUUUUGUCAAGUCACUGAACUCGCCCGCAUCACAUCGCUAACGGUCACUGGAAAUUGUCAACAUUCUCACUGAAAAUUAAUGACUUCCUGUUACUUUGUCGCUGUCAGAAUGAACGGGACUUCAGAAAGAUGAUAAACUGCUAAUACUUAUUUUUGUGAAGUGUUUGAUUUAAAGUUUGUUUGAUGGGUUGCUAGUGUUUAUUAAAAUUGCAUAUGCUGUCUU